AUGGGAAAACGCAAACAUUACGACGAUGAGGAAUAUAUUGACAUGAAAAUUCGGAAAUUAGAAAGGAAAAAAUCGAAGAUUCGCGAACGUCGUCACCGCUCGCGCCACCGUACUUACAGUGAUUCAUCUUUAUCAUCGCGAUCGGAAGAACAUCUGCAACGUUAUUACGAGAGACGAGACUAUAGUCAAGACCAAGACUAUUCUAUGUUGGAAACAGACCCUAUGCAGGAGGAUUCCAAAUGUGAAGAAACCCCAUUAGGCACUGUCUUCGACAUUUCACCGGGGCCCGAAUUAGCUAUUGAAAACACGACAACGCAGCCACAGCACCCGUUGCCUGCUCCCGCUUCAGGGGUUGCACCAGCUACAGCUAGCACAUCGAUGCAGCUAGUCGGCCCUUCAGAAACGGCCGUACCCUCGGCUUCUGAGCCGGUUUCUGAGUUAGACCCGGAUAUAUUAUUAAUCCUAGGAGAAGAACCCGUGAGGGAAGAAAAGUUUGGCCCUUGCAUUCAAAAGGACAUUGCCAGCAGAUGGUCGGACUUUCUUAUUAAUGGCCUUAAAGAAGAUACAAGAAAAGAAAUUACACAAAAGUAUGAAAUUCCAGAGAACUUGAAGUUAGCUCAGGCUCCUGUUUUAAACCCUGAAAUAAAAGCGGCAUGCAAUGAAAAUGUCUUGAAACGAGAUAAUAUUCUAAUGGGAAAACAAAAGCUCUUAGGAAAGAUUAUAACAAGUGUGGCAAACACAAUGUCGACUUUAUUAUCAGGGAAUAUUACCGAGGAUGCAACUAAAAAUGAUAUGCUGAAGGCUCUCAGUGACACGGGAAGACUUCUGUGUCACAUACAUUUCUCAGAGACACAAACUAGACGUAACUUUAUACUGACAAGCCUUAGUAAAGACGUUAAAGAUAAUAUCAAAGAUCUCAAGCGAGAUAAUUUGUUAUUCGGAAAAGACUUACAAGAAAAUCUAAGGUCUAUGAAGGCAAUAACAAGGACAGGUGCGGAGCUGAGACAUACAGUUGUUAAGCCUAAACCUCAACCUAAGAAUAAAGCAGGGGAGGCAUCAACAUCGAGAGCUUUAAACUGGAGGGGGCCGCCGACGUCGGCGGCGCCAUCCCAACCUCGCCGCGCUCCAGCGAAGGCGAACUCAGCGAGUGGUGGGCGCAGGCCGCCGCCACGUCAGACGUACGACCGCCGAGCGCCGCCGGCGCAGCCGCGCCACUCCGGUCGAACAGCGCAUCGCUAG